AUGCGCCCUCCCCUGGAAAGAAACCUUGCUAUUACUGACUUCACAAUGGAACCUAGAGUACCAACUACUGAGGAAGUUAUGAAUAACUUAAGGGAAGCUACAUACCGAUACGCAAACAUGGCAGAUCCAAAGGAGUCACCGGCUCGGAGACAAAGAGUCCUCAGUGAUGAAGAAGGAUUGAGGGAAGCAACUGCAGAGAAAAUCAUCGCUACAGCUUCUAGAAACGUUGAAGAAGCUCGCAUAGAGAGAUCUCUAUCUCAGGACCUUGUUCUGACCCAGCAAAAGGAAAAUGCCAAUGACAUCCCUCCACCAUGGCCCAACCAAGAGGUCUCUACUCCCACAGCACCAAAGAGACACUGUGGCAUACCAGGAUGGACUAGAAGAAUGAGCGCUAACAUGGAUUUCCACAUGCCUCACCAAUCCAACCAACACAACGAAGGAGAGACUCACCAGCGGUUUUGA